UCACUGGGCGGUGUCACGAGCAGGGCGGUGUGGGCAGGGAUCGUCUACGAGAUCUCGAAGGGGGAGGCGCGGCCGCGCCACAUCCUUGCGGGCCCGACCGCCGCCGCCCACUUCAAGUGCGAGUGGGCUGCGGUGAGGCACGGCCAGCUCUACGUCGGAGGCAUCGGCAGGCGGCUGGAUCUCGCGCCCCGCGCCCCUUCUUCCUCUGCGCCCCGCGCCCCUUCCUCUGCGCCUCGCGCCCCUUCCUCUGCGCAGCCUCGGGACCAGUCACCCCACGACGCAGGCCGUUUCACUCGCCCAGCGGCGCGACGACCCGUAACGACCUCGUCGCCACCAUCGACACGGCCGGCGUCGUCUCGCUCCGCAAUUUCUCCGCCGUGUACGAUGAGCUCUGCCGCGCCGCCGGCUGCGGCCGCGUCGGCUAUGCGACGCACGAGGCGGCCGCGUGGGUGGGCAGCCACGGAGAGGUGCGGCCUUUGCGCCGCCGACCCACAGCUGCCUCCCGACGGCCCACGCCGGACUCGUGCCCGCGACCGCGUACUCAGCGGAGUCCGCCCUUUGGCCCUGCGCUGCGCCUCUGCUAGCAAGGCUCGCGAUCCGUCGUCGCGCUUGCCUCACCCCCUGUCGGCGGCCCCAGGUGGGGUCGUGGUACUUUGCGCCGCGCCGCUUCUCGAGCGAGCCGUUCGACGAGGCUCAGAGAACCCCCCCCCCCCCCCGCGCGCGCUGGCGGCGCCUCUCGCGGCGCUUCUCACAGAGGCACCGCGCCCUCGAGCAGGCUCUCGACGAGACUCGCGCUGGCCACACCCUCUUGCGAUACUCCGCGCCGGGCGGGCGGGACGGCGGCCACCCCGUCUCCCUCCUUUCGCCGCGCAGCAGUGGCCCGACCGGGGCGCACGUGUCCGCGGUGCCUCUCGGCGGGAGCAGCGGGGCGGCGGACCCGUCAAGAGGCGUGUCUGCGCUCAAGCUGCUGCCGGGCCGCCGCGACGUCCUCGUCGCCCUCAAGACGGAGGAGUCGGGCGGCCGCGUGGCGAGCUACCUGUCCAUCCUGCGGAGCGAGAGCGGCGAGGCGCUCAUGCCCGACGCGGAGGUCGCGCAGGGGUUCAAGUUUGAGGGCCUCGAGGUCUCCGUGCCGACGUACGUGUAAGUCAGCCGUGGCCUUGGCGGGAGAGAUUCAAGUUGCGUUUCUAGUGCCGGUGAGAUGCCGUCGCUGUCCGCCUCUAGUUUGUGGCAGGUUGGCGUGCUGCUUGACGCCGUCACACCGACCCGCGCGUAUGUUGUGCGCCACGGACCGAUCCCCCGCGCUGUAUUAUUUAAUAAUAGUAAGUAUUAUUG